AUGUCUGACGCUGUAAUUCCAAAUUCCGCCAAAAUUAUGCAAGAAUAUCAGCAGAAACGUGCUGUAAUAAUUGAAGCUAAGAAGCUUGAAUACGAACAAAGGGUUGUUAAGAACAAGGAAUAUGCACUGGAAACUACAAAAAAACUUUUACAAAAGUAUUAUAACAGUGUUAAGGAUUUAGAAAAUCUUAAAGAAGAAUACAAAUCUAAAAACAUGCUAUAUGUUCCUAAAGAGCCUAAUUUUCUUGUGGUUGUGAAAAUUAAGUCAAGCAUUGGUGCACCACCAAGGCAAAGAUCUAUUUUAAAACUUCUAAGGCUUAAAAGAACCAAUUCAGCUGUUUUAGUUAAAAAUAAUAAAAGUAUGAAGAGGAUGUUACAAUUUGCUAAAGAUUAUGUGGCAUAUGGGACCAUUUCUUAUGAACUGCUAAGAAAAAUGGUGUACAAGCACGGAGCCAUAAAAUUAAAGGGCGGACACAGAAAAUUAACUAAUGAAAAUAUUGAAGAUGCUUUUAAUGGAGAACUUAAAUGUAUUGAAGAGAUUGUUUCUAAUAUUUAUUUUCGUACGGAAUAUUUUAAAGUGUGUGCUAACACUCUCAUUCCUUUUAGACUUAAAAAUCCACAGGGUGGAUAUAAAGGUAAAAAAAGUAAAGGUUUUACUGAAGGAGGAAAUCUAGGAAAUCAUUUUGAUCUUAUUGGAGAACUAGUAGAAAGAAUGCUUUAA